CCAGUGCUAGAUUUUUUUGGUGCCUUCUUCAUGUUUGCUAUCAAGGAGGGGAUGAGUGAAAUUUAUCAUGUGGACUGGAAUAAUGACUUGGAUUCUAUCACCUGGCUACUCACACUGGGAGAUUGGGAGGGAGGUGAACUGGUUCUUCCUCAGAAAGGUCUGGAGCACUGUAGCACUCGGGUCGGCAUUGGGCUCGUAUCCUGCCAAACUCAUAGG